AUGGUAGCGUGUUGUCUUUCACUGCUGUGGAUCCAAGCGUUUGAUGCAAUUACAUCUACUUACAAGACAAGCAAAAAAAGGGAUAAAAGAGUAGAGCAGGGAGAAGAAGAAGCAUACAAGAAGAAACAGAGAAAAUUCCAGAGAAUGGACAGGAAAUUAAAGAGAAGAAUGCAGUCACUYAACAACAAUGAGAAACAAGGGGRAAAAGGAAAGGCUACACAUAUAAGCCUGAUGAGMUCAGAUGAUUCAGGGGAUGAUGACUCCAUUUUAAGACGGCCUCUCCCUUGGAGAAAUGAAGACCUUUCUGCAUUUUUUAAUGAACUUGAUGACAGACAUGCUAGCAGUUUAAAUUCUGCUCAAAGAAGAAUGCUGAUCAAAAGMACUGAUGKGAAUCAGAGURAGAGAGAUUCAAAUAAUGUUCCUGAGUCACUAAGGUUCURGGUAAAUGAUGAUAGACAGAGUUAAUGGUUUAACACUGCAUACUGCAUACAGCUAAUUUGAAAAAGGUUUGAUACUGCAUACCAAGGCCAAAGG